AUAAUGCUUCAGUGCCGUCGUUUUCCACACCUUCCCUCUUCCGUUUCCGCCUCUCCACUACCGGCUGCGUGCUUUAGCGGGGUUAGCUAACAAUUCACACGUUCUCCUCUUUUGCUUCAUUAUUCACUAGCUUAGACUAACACCUAGCGUCAUGUCGUACCACGAUGAGGAAGAAGUAAGUGAAUAGUUUCAUCUCAAAGACAUUUCAAACCUUUGUGAUCGAAGCACCGACACGCUGCUUAGCGGUAGCCUACUAGCCACCUAGCUGCCUAGCUAACUCUGACGACCUAGCAGUAGCUUGUGAUGAGAUAGCGUGAUGUCAAUAAGAUCCGAGACAAUGCAGCCAAACCACAGUCUGUCAGACGACAAGUACGAUCCUUAUGACUAUGACCUGCACACUGGUGACCCGAAAGCGGACCUGGCCUACGAGAGGCAGUACGAGCAGCAGACCUACCAUGUUAUUCCAGAGGUGAUCAAGAACUUCCUGCAGUAUUUCCACAAAACCACCUCUGACCUGAUUGACCAGAAGGUCUACGAGCUGCAGUCCAACCGCGUCUCCAGCGAGAGCAUCGAGCAGAAGAUCUACGAGAUCCAGGAUGUUUAUGACAACAGCUGGAACAAGUUGACGGAGCGUUUCUUUAAGACAUCUCCCUGGCCAGAGGCUGAGGCCAUAGCAUCACUUGUUGGUAACGAUGCUGUGUUCCUCAUCCUUUACAAGGAGCUCUAUUACAGACACAUCUACGCUAAAGUCAGCGGCGGGCCGACUUUGGACCAGAGGUUUGAGUCGUACUACAACUACUGCAACCUCUUCAACUACAUUCUCAAUGCUGAUGGCCCCGCCCCUCUGGAACUGCCGAACCAGUGGCUGUGGGACAUCAUCGAUGAGUUCAUCUACCAGUUCCAGUCGUUCAGUCAGUACCGCUGUAAGACGGCCAAGAAGUCAGAGGAGGAGAUUGAAUUCCUGAGGAACAACCCGAAGAUCUGGAACGUCCACAGCGUCCUCAACGUUCUCCACUCAUUGGUGGACAAGAGCAACAUCAACCGCCAGCUUGAGGUGUACACCAGCGGAGGAGACCCAGAGAGUGUGGCUGGAGAAUAUGGGCGUCACUCCCUGUACAAGAUGCUGGGUUACUUCAGCUUGGUGGGGCUCCUGAGGCUUCACUCUCUGCUGGGUGAUUAUUACCAGGCCAUCAAAGUCCUGGAGAACAUCGAGCUCAACAAGAAGAGCAUGUACUCCCGCGUGCCUGAGUGCCAGAUCACCACCUACUACUACGUGGGAUUUGCCUACCUGAUGAUGAGGCGUUACCAGGAUGCCAUACGAGUCUUCGCCAACAUCCUGCUCUACAUCCAGAGGACGAGAAACAUGUUCCAGAGGACAACUUAUAAAUAUGAGAUGAUUAACAAACAAAAUGAGCAGAUGCACGGUCUGCUGGCCAUCGCUCUCACCAUGUACCCGAUGCGCAUUGAUGAGAGCAUCCAUACCCAACUGAGGGAGAAGUAUGGAGACAAGAUGCUGCGGAUGCAGAAAGGAGACCUGCAGGUGUUUGAGGAACAGUUCAGCUUCGCCUGUCCGAAGUUCUUGUCGCCUGUGGUGCCAAAUUACGACAAUGUCCACCCCAACUACCACAAAGAACCUUUCCAGCAGCAGCUGAAGGUCUUUACCGAGGAAGUGCAGCAGCAGGCGCAGCUCUCCACCAUCCGCAGCUUCCUGAAGCUCUACACCACAAUGCCAGUAGCCAAGCUGGCAGGUUUCCUGGACAUGACAGAGCAGGAGUUCCGUAUCCAGCUGCUCGUCUUCAAACACAAGAUGAAGAACCUUGUGUGGACCAGCGGCAUCUCAGCUCUGGAAGGAGAGUUCCAGUCCGCUUCUGAGGUCGACUUUUAUAUUGACAAGGACAUGAUCCACAUUGCUGACACUAAAGUUGCUCGUCGGUAUGGAGACUUUUUCAUCAGACAGAUCCACAAGUUUGAGGAGCUGAAUAAGACAAUGAAGAAGAAUGCAGUCACCACCACCGUCGCCGCCGCCACCACCACCACCACCGCGACUUCAGCAAGCACGGCGAGCCGAGCAGUGUGAGCGGCAGCGGUGAAGAGGAGCGGAGUCAUCUGCCCCUUCAGCCUGUUUCAAGCUGUUGGAGAAAUAUUUCUGAUGGGAACUUUUCUAUGUAACAAUAAAAGGAUGGAGUGAUGUGCUAAAA